CCGUACGCCUCCCCUUUUUUCCUGCGCAUUCAACACGUCCAAUAUCAAGAACAUCCCACUGUACCGCCUCUCGUCCAAAGUCCAGACUUCUAUUGGCGACCCUCCCCAGCAGGUCUGUUUAUAAAUCCAAGUUCAACAGGAUGGUGGAUCUGGGAUCCCGGCCAGUUUGCAGUAGGGGUUGACAACUUGGCGCGCCUACGUCGGCCAACGGUCGACGAAUUGGCAAGGCGUGAAUUGUAUAGGACUAGCACUCUGAUCUGGGAUCCAGAGCGUCACGGUUACAUACACGCGCCCAUCGAUUGCAUUGCCAAGUACCCUUCUGACCCCAGCGUAUGGAGGCGACUCUCCUUUGGGCGCAGGACCCCUGAUUUGGCAAUCAUUGGCCAUUUCAGGGAGAGCUACCGGCUUCAUCUUCCAGGGCCAGAUUACUGGUUUGAGCAACUGCUUCCCGAUGUCUGCAGGGCGCAGAUGACCGGGGAACCAAGAUGUAAGCUGGCUGGUCACCUAAGCAUCCUCGUCGGCCUUCUUGCGUUUUGGGUUGAACCAGCUCUGGACUAUUGCGCAGUCGACUGGUCUUUUAGAUAUGACACGUCCUCUACGCUGUUCCAGAGACAUAAUUACGACCAAAAUCCAAGACAUGAGAAACGCACAAUGGUCAUCGAGAUCGGAUACGAUCCAGUGAAAGUGACCCGAGAAGACCUUCAUGCUUGGGAGGAAGGUCAACUGGGCGAAAUAUUUAGCUAA